AUGACUCCCAACCCCGUUAAUACCAUAUAUGAUGGGCUUUCACUUCGUACUGCCAACGACGGUUCAACUAUAUUCGCCUCGCGCCUAAAGCGAACCCGCCCAGCCCCUUGCCCGGUGCGCGCCGUUGGGGAAAUGGGUGUUGGUUCUUCUGUGGUCACCUCAUAUGGAGUUGAGGUGACCUUGUGGAAAAACCACAUCAGGCGAGAGCACUCUUAUUGCCGGAUAUUGGACGACGAAGAGGAUGAAUGUAUCGAAGCCUUAGAUGUCGUUGAAACGAUCUUACCACUCGAUGAAUCCAUGGAUCUUGCAUAUUCGUGGUCGUCGAGCCUGAAGAUGUCACCCGGAGGCUCGCCUGAGAUGCCUUUAGGAUCUCCUGAGUCAUAUAUAUUACCAGACUGAAAGUGAUGCUGCAGACUGGGG